GAUAUAAUAAUGUUUUACUCCAAGAGGAAAGAUACCAAUCUGCCAGUUAACUGUGCAGCAGUCGUUGUUCCAUCGCUGAAAGGUCAUGGAUAUUUGGAUUAUACUGUUGGGAGCCAUCCAUCCCGAGCUUUGAGUAUCAUGCAGGAGUUGAGGCGAGACAGGCAGCUUUGUGAUGUGAAUGUGCGAGUGGCCCAUGGCGGGAAGGAACAGACAUUUGCUGCUCAUCGGAUUGUCCUGUCUGCCUGCAGCCCUGUCUUCAAGGCCAUGUUCACCAGCAAUCUGCGGGAGCGCCAGGCACCUGAAGUCAAGAUCCAUGGCAUCCACCCCAAGGUGAUGGAGCGGCUGAUUGACUUUGCCUACACCUCCCGGGUCUCAGUGGGUGAGCAGUGUGUACUGCAGCUCCUCCUAGCCAGUACCAUGUACCAGGUGGAGGGUGUGGUCAAUGCCUGCUGUGACUUCCUGAUCAAGAAUCUGGACUCUGCCAAUGCCAUUGGCAUCUGCCAGUUUGCCGAACAGAUUGGCUGCACCGAGCUUCGGCAGAGAGGGAAGGAAUACAUCAACAUUCACUUCACUGAGGUGAUGAAGGAGGAGGAAUUCUUUAAUCUGACGCACUGCCAACUUCUGGACCUUAUCAGUCAGGAUGGGCUGAAUGUGCUCUGCGAAUCGGAGGUUUAUAAGGCCUGUGUAGAGUGGGUGCGCUGGGAUCUGGAGGGUCGAACCCAGUACUUCCAUGCACUCCUUAAUGCCCUCCACAUCUACGCUCUGCCCCUUCGGUUCCUCAAGCACCAGCUGCAGGAAUGCCCGAUUCUUGACAAGGCCAACCCGUGUCGGGAUUUCCUCUCCAAGAUCUUCCAGGAAAUGUACCUCCGCAAACCGCUGCCUCCCAUCAAACAGCGCGGAAACCAGCUGAUCUACAUAGCCGGGGGGUACCUGCAUCGCUCCCUCCCAAACAUGGAAGCCUUCAGCCCCAGGACAGGACAGUGGCUGCGGCUGGCGGACAUGCCAGUGCCUCGCAGUGGGACGGGCUCCUGUGUGGUGUUGGGGCUCCUUUAUACAGUAGGUGGCAGGAAUAACUCGCAGGAUGAGAAUGUGGACUCGGGCACCCUGGAGUGUUACAACCCAAUGACCAACCAGUGGAUUCAACGGGCACCAAUGAACGUGCCCAGGAACCGGGUGGGAGUCGGGGUGAUUGACGGAGCCAUUUACGCUGUCGGGGGAUCCUGCGGGUCCUCACACCACCACAGUGCCGAGAAAUAUGAUCCAGAAAUGAACCAGUGGACAUUCAUAGCACCAAUGAAGGCUCGUCGUAUUGGCGCGGGGGUGACAGUGUGGAAUGGACUCUUGUAUGUGAUUGGUGGUUUUGAUGGAAGGAACCGUUUGAACAGUGUGGAGUGUUACCGCCCUGAGAAGGAUGAGUGGAACUCCAUCACUCCAAUGGGUUCCCCUCGUAGUGGAGCAGGUGUUGUUGCAUUGAACAAUUAUAUCUACGUUGCUGGGGGUUACGAUGGAAGGGAACAGUUCUCAUCAGUUGAGCGAUACAGCAUAGAGGCCAAUAAAUGGGAGAAUGUUGCCAGUAUGAAGCAGAGUCGGAGUGCAAUGGGAGUAACUGCCUAUCGGGGCAAAAUCUAUGCACUGGGAGGCUUUAAUCAGAAAGGUUUUCUUGACAGUGUGGAAUGUUACGACCCAGAGAAAGAUGAAUGGACGGAGGUGACUGUCAUGCCCUCUGGACGCAGUGGGAUGGGAGUUGCAGUCAAUAUGGAGCCAUGUCCACGGAACCUGUGCCCUGCUGACCGAGAUAGCUGACUACUCCACUCGCUUGCAGUUAAUGUCGGAGGGAUUGGCGGAGCCGCUUUCUCUCCUCACUGCUUCUACCCAUCAGAAAUAAAUCUGGGAAAUCAGACUGUCCAGCACCCAUUACAUUUAAUGCUGGUUGCUACAGCAUGGAAUGUGCCGUAAGUUCUGCGGAGAAUGGAGAGAGAAGUGAAAAAGGGAUAUUAUAGCUGGCACUCUGCAGCGUAAUUAUAAAUGGGACAUUUAACAAAGGCUCCAUGUCAAAUGAAGCAUGGAGGUUUGGAGCUGUAAAACCAGGAAUGGAAUUGACUCCAAGUGAAAAAGCGGAUUGGUUCAUCUUUACUUUUAAAAAGGAGCUGAAUGGCAAUCUGUCCAGAAUUGGAGAGAGGAGGUUAUUGGGGAAUGUGUAGACUGAAGCAGUCUCUCAUUCUGGGAACGAAGAUAGUUCCUGUGCUGUUGACUCAGAAGAUUCCCAGACUGUGUAAGGAGUGGGACAAGAGCAGCAGGAACAGAAAUAAAUCCUGGAAUUUUCUCCCUAACAGUACAGCGGGAGCAUCAUCACACACACACUGCAAUGGUUCAAGAAGGCAGCUUUCCACUGAGUGGAGGGGAGACAAGGUGAUGGACGAUAAAUGCUGGCCUGGCCACUGAUGUUCACAUCACAAAAACUAUUUUUUUAAAAAAUGCAGUCAUUCCAAGAGCAAAAGUAACAAAACCUGCACCUGCACCUUCACCUCCCCUGUGGGUAUUAACUGUCACUCAGGACAGUUCCUUGGGUACUGGUCAGCCCCCAGUAACUUGUCAGGUGGUUAUUCUUCAGGUGUGAGCCUUGGGAGAAAGGCUAUUCAACUGGGGGUGACAGUGCAGUGAGUUCAGUUCCGCCCUGAACUAUGCUCCUAACUACACAAGAAACGAGACAGAGAGCCUCCAUUACCUGACACCACACUGCCUCAUAACAAAAACAAAGGGAGAUGGCUUGAGGGGUCGGGGAAGAGGGUGAGGGUGGGUAACGGGGAAGUUACUGGUCAGCAG